AUGCCGCCACCUGAGCAGGCCCCUGCGCACCCGUUUGCGCCCGCCCCAGCACCACCCACCUCCGCACCCUCCGCCGCCUCGACCACCUUCCGGCCACUCGCCCGCACCCUCUCGGCAGCCUCGGCCUGGUCCAACGCCGACGUACCCGCAUCCAGCGCGCACGACUUGCCCGAGGCGACCCGCCUCACCGUCCUCGAGCGCGCGCCGUCGCAGCCUCGGGUCGGAUACGCCGGCGGUGCCGGGCUCAGGAGGGGCCACACGCGCAGAGGGCCGGUCGUUGUCGUCGGUGCGCAAGGGCGGAUAGACGAGGACGCAGAGGCGCACGUCGUCGAGGAGGAGGUGGCGCUCGGCGAGGACGGCGAGACGGUCGAGGAGACGGAGGCGCGCGCGCAGGCCAUGUACGCUCGCUUCACCAAGGGUCAAAAGCGGCGCGUCGUGGCCAUCGUGGCCUACGCUGCUCUACUCGCACCCUUCUCCUCUUCGUCGUUCCUUCCUUCCAUUCCGCAGAUCAGCGCCGACCUCGGCACCAGCGCCGCCAUCAUCAACGUGACGGUCGCGGUCUUUAUCCUCUGCAUCGGGCUGUUCCCUCUAGCAUUCGCGCCGUACUCGGGCCUCUACGGCCGUCGCCCCAUCUACCUCAUCUCGCUGCCGGUCUUUGCCCUCGGCUGCCUCGGCACGGCACUGUCGCAGUCGCUCGGCGCCCUCAUCGCGACCCGCAUCCUGCAGGCGUUCGGCUCGUCGCCCGUCUUGAGCAUCGGUGCCGGCACGAUCGGCGACCUGUACCAGAAGGACGAGCGCGGUGCCGCCAUGGGCCUCUUUUACCUCGGCAUCCUCGUCGGCCCAGCGACGGCGCCCGCCGUCGCCGGCAUCCUCACCGAGUACGUCCGACCCGAGGGCACGGGCUGGCGCGCCAUGCAGUGGCUCCUCAUGGCCCUCGGGUUCAGCGCGUUCGCCCUCGUCUUCUUCUUCCUCCCCGAGACGGCGCACGUCAAGGGCGUCGACGAGCGUCGAGAGGGCAUGAGCUGGGCGAGGCGCAGGUGGGACAAGCUCGUGUGGAUCUGGAUCAAUCCGCUCGGACCCGUCAAGCUCCUCGCCCACCCGACGAUCCUCGCCAUCUCGUUAAACUCGAGCUUCACCCUCAUGUCGACCUACACCAUCCUCGUCCCGCUCAGCUCCACCUUGGCGCCGCGGUACAACAUCACCAACUCGGCGCUCCUGGGCUGCUUCUACCUCGCCCAGGGCGUCGGCAACGCCGUCGCGUCGAGGUUCACGGGCAUGUACGCCGACUGGACCUUGCGGCGCUGGCUGCGUCUGCGCGGCGGGCACUACUACCCCGAGGACCGCCUGCGGGCGACCCUCAUCGGCGGCGGCGUCAUCCUCCCGCUGUCGGUCCUCGCGCUCGGCUGGGUCCUCGAGCGGGGAGCGGGGAAGGUCGGGCUCGCGUUCGCCGUGCUGCUUCUCUUUGUCGACGGGAUUGGGCUCAUGUGCGUGCUUACGCCGGCCAACACGUACAUCACGGACGUCCUCGGGCCUCGCUCGGCCGAGGGCAUCGCCGUCAACAACGCCUGCCGCUACAUCCUUUCGGCCGCCGCAUCGGCCUUUGUGCUCCCUAUGAUCGACGCCAUCGGCAUCGGCUGGACCAACACGUUCUCGGCGUUCGUCGUCUGGCUCGGGUGCGCGCUCGUGCUCGUCACGAUCCGGUGGGGCGACUCGAUGCGCGCGUGCGGGACGAAGUGGGAGGGGACGGUGCUUGCCGGCGGGGCCAAGGACCGUGCGCAGCGAAAGGGCGCAGACGUCGAGAAGGCCGAGAGGCAGGGGCAGUCGUCGUCGUCGGACGAGGAGGAGAAGGAGCUGUCGUCGACGCUCGCCGGUGAGCCGGACGGAGCGGGCGCAGCAUCGGUGGAGCUGGGACGCCGAGACGGAAAGACGGGUCGGGAUCCAGGAUAGACUCGUAACGCAGCCUCGCUCAUUCUCUC